CCUGGCACUGGGGCCUGGCUGCUGCCCAGACUGGUCCUGCAGACACUGUGAGCAGAGCUCAUUCCUUGGCCAGGCCUGGGAGCAACUGGGUGGGGUGAAGAGCCCAUGGGCAGGGUGGGUGCAGGAGCCCCAGCAUGGGGCUAGGUUAGCUCUGCCCUAGAGGUGGCUAUAGGGUCUUGCCACAUCAGUGAUAGGCAUGGGCCACCCCAGGUCCUGCCCCAUGCACCUGCAUGUCCUGUGCUACUGCCACCAUGCAGCAGCAGCUCCAGUCACUUGCCAGCCCUGUGGUGUGGACUUGGCGAUCCCUGGCCAUUGCAGCAGCAGGAUGGGCAGAGAUCAGUGCUGGCAAUGGGCACUGCCUAGCCCAGCUGGGCACUGCUUGUACCAGGGCUGCCAGGACUGCACCUACCAGCUAGGGCAGAGAGCAUGGGCCAGGAUCUUGUGUGCUGGCAGCACAAUGGUCAUACUUCCUCUAAGCACAUCAAUACAGGGUGCCACAUUCGUGUUGGACAUGGGUGUCAGGGAGGGUAGGAUUGUGCCAGGGCUCAGCACUUCCCCCGCUCUUGUCUCCUAUGUGCACAUAGGGUGGGAUGGCAUCCUUUGGGCAUUGAAAACACCAUGGGUGCCCAGACAGGCUUGAUGGGGGGUUGGAAGCAGCAGCAGGGGGCUGGCAGCCAUGCUGGACAAAGGGCCCUUGUGCUGCCUGCGAGGGAAUCUGCUGGGAUGGGACAUUUUUCUUUCUCCUCCCUCCCUGAUUCCCUUGCUCAGAAAUUCAUGUGACCAGAGAAGGGGGAGAGCCUGGCCCUGCAGAUCCCUCUGUGGUGCCUGGGGCUCAGGCACCUUCUCCGAAGCCUCUUUCUUCCCUGAGACGUGGUGGCCAUGGAACAUCCCCUGGGAUAUUCUGGGGCCUGUGCCCGCCUUGACGCCCCUCUCUGUCACCCAGGUGGAGGAUGGGGGCAAGGCUGCGCUGUCCCGCCGGCUGCAGCCAGGUGAUGAGCUGGUGAACAUCAGCGGGACGCCGCUGUACGGAUCCCGCCAGGAGGCCCUCAUCCUCAUCAAGGGCUCCUACCGCACUCUGAAGAUGGUUGUUCGCAGGAGGAACGUGCCCGUCUUCCGGCCCCAUUCCUGGCACGUGGCCAAACUUGCCGAAAGCCGCCCAGACGUCCCCACCAUGCACUGCCCGGCUGAUGCCUUCAGCCUCUCCUGGCCUUCGGGGUGUGAUGUCAGCACUGACCGGAGCAGCUCCAUCGGGAGCAUGGAGAGCCUGGACCAUCCCAGCCAGGCCUGCUAUGAAGGAGACCCCUCACCCGUUGACCAGGGCAUGUACCACAGCAAGCGGGAUUCGGCCUACAGCUCCUUCUCUGCCAGCUCCAUCGCCUCUGACUGCGCCCUCUCUCUCCGUCCUGAAGAGCCCGUGUCCAUCGAUCCCAGCCUCCAAGGCCCCUGCAAAGCCCCUGACAGGCGCUACCUGAGCACAGGGGCUGAGCCAUCUGCCAGCUGGCACCCUGAGGCCUGGCGGGCACCUGUGCCCCCCCAGCCCCCUGUCAGGAGGGACAGCCUGCGAGCAGCCCCAGGUGGCAGAGGGGACAGGCACCAGGCGUCAGUGUCAGCGGACAUGCUGCAUGCCAAGGGCCGGUGGAUCUCUGACACCUUCCUCUGCCAGCGGGAUGGGGAGGCAGAAGCGGUGGGCAGGAGGAAACCGGCGCCAUACCCCACGAAGGACUGUCUCUCUGCUGACCAGUAUUACAUGCUGAGCUCCCACCCCGACCGUUGCCCAGCUGAGCCACUCCUGGGGGAGAGCAUGGAGUCAGACAACCAGCCGUACCUGGAUGACAGCAUGCACCGAGUGCCUGAUGCCACCACAGCAGGUGACAACCCAUUGCUGUCCCCUCUCAAGGGCCACGUAUCGCACCGUCACAGUGCUCCCGAGCAGCUGCUGGCCUCCCAGUUCCGCUCCCUCCAGCUGGGCACCAGCAGUGGGCGAGCCUCGCCGGCCCCCAGCGGGCAACGCUGGACCUUGUCCCCACUGCAUCCUGAGGGCGGCCGAGGGGGAGCCACAGGGGCUGCCCAGGAUGCCCCGCACUGCCCAGAGCCUUGCUGCCGCUGCUGCCCCGAGCUGCAGCAGGCCUGCGGGCAGGACGGCCAGGGGGCCAGCCCAGCACUCAGCACGGAGGGGCCAGUGGAGGAGGAGAGCCGGGGCGCGGCCCGGCGUGCUGGGGGUCCUCCCCACCGCUCUGCUCAGAUGCGCCGCCGCAGCGACCGCUUUGCCACCAGCCUGCGCAACGAGAUCCAGCGCCGCAAGGCCCAGCUGCAGAAGAGCCGGGGUCCUGGUGCGCCUCCUCCUGCUGAGGAGCCAGUGGAGGAGACUGAGGAGCCCCCCGAGGGCAGCGUACUGGCAGAGCGACACCGUGCCCUGCCCGAGCGUCUCAGCCCCGCACCGAGUGAGGAGAGCAGGAACUCCGGCCGCUCUGCAGACCGGGGUAUCCCCACCCCUGACCCAGUGCCAGCCCCUAAAGGGCCCCUGUCCCCUGAGCGGGUGGUGCCAACAGCCAGGGGCCGCUGGCGCUGGUCCCCGGAAAACAAGCCGCAGCCACAACACUCGCCCAGCCCCAGUGAACUGGAGGGCUACGGCCAGGGCCCGGCGGCCUGCAGCUCCCCGCCGCGGGGCAGCGACGAAGCGGUCCUGCUGCCCUUUGCCGACCGCCGCCGGUUCUUUGAGGAGAGCAGCCGGCUGGCAGCGCCCCGGCACAGCAAGGCGCCCGCAGGUGAUCCCAGCGCCUUCCAGCCCCCCGGGCCUGAGCGCCGGGAUGCCCGCCGCCUCUCUGUGGAGCAGCCCUACAGCCCCCCCUCACCCAGCCGCCCUGGCUCUGCCGGCCCCUACGCUGAGUGCUGCCGGGAGCAGCCCCACUGUUACAAGCCACUGGCGAGGCCGGGGGAGCUGGAUUACCUGCGGGGCUUCUCCUACCCCUAUGGGGCUCCCCUGCGCCCUGAGCCUUGCCGCUGUUGUGGAGGGGACCUGUGCCCACCACCACCGCCCCGUGGCCACACGUGCCGCUGUCACCCCGUGUCCUGGGUGCGCUGCCCUGACUGCUGCUACCCGGCUACCCAUCCUGGGCGAGAGGACAGUGAUGCCUGGUCCCCCCGGAGAGCUUUCGUCCCGGAAUUUCCUCAGGAUGAGUGGGAACCACCUGCAAUAACCCGGAAAGUCAGCCAGUCCAUCAGUGAGCUCUCCAGCUACCCACCGGGUUUCCCAAGGCUUGGCCCAUUCCACACCUGCCUUGAGAACACCGAGCCACAGUGGCCACCCUGCUAUCGGGCCACAUCCACGCAUGAUCUCCUGUGGGAUAAUGACCGCCUGGCCCACACUCCUGAGAGCCCCCCGGAUCCGCAGCACCGCCCGCUGAGGGGCAGAGCCUUCUCUGAGAGCCACCUCAACCUGGAGCCUUCCAGCCCCUGGGGCUGUGACCAGAAGGACCAUUUCCGUGCCAAGCUGGACCCUCCCAGCAUCCCCAAAAAGAAGGGCCCCCCGCCACCCCGCCCACCUCCGCCCAACUGGGAGAAGUACAGGCAGCGCCGGGCAUCCCAGCACCCAGCAGAUGGUGCUGGGCAUGGCUCUGCCUUCUCUGCUGCCCCAGUGCCAACCCGCAGCAUCGCUGACGCAGUGAGGGAGCGGUCGCAGAGCCUCACCGGGGAGCAGAAAGGCCAGUCCUGGGGGCACACUGCUUGCCCCCCUGCUCCAUCAGGUGCCUGGCCCCGACCUGAAGCCCCCAGAUCACUCCGCAGGACUGCUGGGCCCGAUGCUGCCAACGCUGAAAUUUGCAGGGUGUCAGGAGCCGGGGAGAAGCGGACAAAGAUGAAGCAGUCCUGGGAGAUGGAGGAGCAGCCCCAAAGGCUCAUCCAGAACCAGGAGCAGGGCUGUGCCAGUCCCCGCGGGGUGGGUGAGUGCUCCCUGUCCCUGCAUUGUGGCUCUGGCCCUGCCCUGUCAGAGGCACUUAAGCCCAGCUCUGGGGCAGUGGAGGGGGUGAGCUGCCAGGGCAGCUGGCCCCAGCCCCGCUGCAUGGACUCCGAGGAACGGCUGUGGGACGUGGCUGUCAGGGACCAUUCCCUGGCCAGUGUCCUGGCCCCCUUGGCUUCUUCCCCUGGCACCGCCACUGAGGUGAUGGGUGAGCUGCUGGUGGCAGGGGAGCGACAGGCCUGGCGGAAGUGUUUCCAGCAGGACUGGCACCUGGAGGCCCUGGCUCAGGACAGGCAAGGUUUUGAGCCCAUCUCACUGCCUCCCAGGAGUGCUGCCAGCUCCAGUUCCUUCCCAGUGCACUAUGGUGUUGCAGUGGGCAAAACCGAGCCACUCAACAAGGUAAAGGCGCUGCCAGAGGUAGUGGAGGGGAGCUCGGAGGAUGAGGAGGAGGAGGUGGACCAUGAGCUGGUGGAAAAGAAGGUACAAGACACUGCUGGGGACAAUUCCCUUGUGGUUCCCCACCGCCCUGGCCAGCUGCAGCUGAUUGAGAGCCUGAGCCGCAAGCUGGUGGUGCUGCAGGAGGCACAGCGGGGGCUGCAGGAGGACAUUAGUGCCAAUGGGGCGCUGGGUGAAGAUGUGGCUGCUCGCCUGCAAGCCCUCUGCACGCCAGGGGAGUUCGACAAGUACCGCCUCUUCGUGGGCGACCUGGACAAGGUGGUCAACCUCCUGCUCUCCCUCUCGGGUCGCCUGGCCCGGGUGGAAACUGCGCUGGGCAGCCUGGGGCCGCACGCCCCUGCUGAGGACAAGCUGGCCCUGCGGGAGAAGCAGCGGCUGCUGGUGGCACAGCUGGAGGAUGCCAAAGAGCUGAAGGAGCACGUGGGGCGGCGGGAGGAGGCAGUGGGUGCCAUGGUGGCACGGUACCUGCCCGCCGAGCACCUCCAGGACUACCAGCACUUUGUCAAGAUGAAGUCAGCCCUCAUUGCUGAGCAGCGGGAGCUGGAAGAGAAGAUCAAACUGGGCCAGGAGCAGCUCAGGUGCCUGCGUGAGAGCCUUGGCCAGGCCUCCAAGGACUGCUAGCCCCCUACCCAGUCUCCCUCCGGGAUCCUGGCUGUGAUCCCAGCUUGCUGCCAAAGAGGAUCCAGCCCCUUGUGGAUUCUCCCUGUGUCUGUCCAUCUGUCCAGCCCCUGCCUUUUAUUUAUUUUUGUGAUUUACGAAGCAGGGGAGGGGGGGUUGCCAGUCCAGGUGCUGACAGAGGCUGUUGUGCCGCAGAGCUGUCAUGGGCUCUGGCCACUCAGCAGCCUGUGGCCCAGCAAGACCAGAUGGAUGGAUGCUACCAGCACUUUCAUGGGUCUUUCUGUGCCCAUGAGGUCCCUCCAACUUGUCCUGGUCACCAGUGCCUGUCUUUUAUCUGGUGCUGCACCACAUGCCUUAAACAUCCCCCAGCUACUAUUCAUGCAGCACCUGAAAGGGUUAAACCAUGCUCACCCUCUGUCAUGUCUGUUUGUCCAGCUCUGUCCAUCUGUCCGGUGGGAGCUGAAGGAAUUUCAGCCCCAGCAUCCUCUUCCUCCUCAUUGUGUCAGGAACAAUGGCCCCAGCCAGCGGGUUCUUAACCCUCUCCCUGCUGGCUGAGGGACCACAGGGGGCUGAGGUGAGUGCCCGUAGGUGCUGUGUACCUGUGCCUUGGGAUGGUGCCCUGCCAGGGCAUGGCAUGCUGAGACAAAUACACUGCUACUCUCUGUCACCCAUGCUGUGGGCAUGGAGACAGCCCAGCCUCAACCAGCCCUCACUGGUAGCUUCUAGCUCAGCACCAGGAGGGAUUAAUAGAGGAAAAACUACAUUAAAGACCAAACGGGGUACCUGUCCCCUCCUUUCUGCUGCAACAGCCAUAAAUAGCACUUAGAUGUCACCCCCGCCACAGUCCACCUGUCUCCACAGCAUGAGCAGGUGCCUUCAUACUGAUUUUGCACAGGGGUUUAAUGCAACCAGCAGGAGCUUGGGCCAGAGGGGUAAACAUUUUGGGGAGGUGGGUCGGCUGCAGCACUUUGGCAUGGCCCCAUAGAACCCAGCCCAGGGUUCAGGCAGUAUCCGUGCCUGCCUGUGAGCUCCAGCAGCAGCCUCCCUGUGUUGCUAUCCCCGCUCUGGGCUACCCUUAGCCUGUUAAACACUACACCUCACACCUGCCUGGCUGUAACGUGGGAUGGUGCCUGGCAGGAGUGGGGUCCUCAACAUUCCCUCCAUCCCAGCCCCCCCAGGAUCAUUGCUAGGACCAAAGACUGCCCCCCCGGGGGCCAUGCUGCUCUCAUGGUGGGGGUCAGCAGCCCUGCACAGGGCCUGUGCUGGAGGAGCUGCCAGCGCCUGCAUGUUGCUGCAUGCCAUUGUAUCUCUAACAGUAAAGCAGCAGCAGGAGCUGCACUUCUGUUCCA